AUGGCCUCGGCCGCUAAUGCGCCAUCCGAGCAGGAAAACAGAGACCCAGAUCGGCCGAGAGUAACGCGGAGGAACAGGGGGAACUACUCCCGCAGCACACCGCUGUAUUUGGAGUAUUUGCAGCGGCCGAGUUACUGCGAUGCCGGUUUUGCUUUGGAGCAAAUAUCAGAGGGGAAGGCGACUGGAAGGAAAGCACCCCUAUGGCUGAGAGCAACGUUCCAGAGACUUUUAUUUAGGCUUGGCUGUUACAUACAGAAGAACUGCGGAAAGUUUUUGUUUGUGGGCCUCAUGAUUUUUGGAGCAUUUGCUGUGGGCUUGAGGGCUGCUAAUUUGGAGACGGAUGUGGAGAAACUCUGGGUUGAAGUUGGCGGACGUGUGAACCAGGAACUUAAGUACACACGGCAGAAGAUCGGUGAAGAGGCCAUGUUUAACCCUCAGCUGAUGAUCCAGACACCACGGGAGGAAGGAGCCAACGUACUAACAGUGGAGGCGUUAGCGCAGCAUCUGGAGUCAGCUCUCCGAGCCAGCAGGGUUCAUGUUUACCUUUAUAAUAGACAUUGGAAAUUAGAGCAUUUAUGCUACAAAUCAGGAGAAUUAGUCACAGAAAUUCCUUUUAUGGAUCAGAUCAUAGAAAAGCUACACCCCUGCCUCAUCAUCACCCCUUUGGACUGUUUCUGGGAAGGAGCCAAGCUCCAGUCUGGAAUGGUCUACCUCCCAGGUAAAGACCCUCUUCAGUGGACAAACUUUGACCCCAAGGAUUUUCUUGAGGACUUACGUAAAGCAAAUUUCCCUGUGGAAGCCUUUGAGGACAUGUUGGAAAAGGCAGACGUGGGGCACGGCUACAUGCAUAGACCCUGUCUGAACCCUGCUGACCCUGACUGCCCCAUCACAGCACCCAAUAAGAACUCUAUCAAGUCAUUUGACGUAGCUCACACCUUGACUGGCGGUUGCUAUGGUCUGUCCAGGAAGUACAUGCACUGGCAAGAAGAACUGAUUGUAGGAGGGACCGUCAAGAAUGGCAGUGGACCCCUCCUCAGUGCCCAGGCCUUGCAAACCAUGUUCCAGCUAAUGACUCCCAAGCAGAUGUUUGAGCACUUUCAGGGCUAUGAAGAGGUUUCCCACAUCAACUGGAAUGAAGAAAAGGCUGCAGCUAUACUGGAAGCCUGGCAGAGGAGAUACUCCGAGGCCGUGCUGCAGAGUGUGGCGACAAAUUCCUCCCAGAAAGUCUUGUCUUUCACCACAACCAGUCUGGAAGAUAUCCUCAAGUCCUUCUCCGACAUCAGCGUCACCCGUGUGGCCAGUGGUUACCUGCUGAUGCUGGCCUACGCAUGUCUCACCAUGCUGCGCUGGGACUGCGCUAAGUCUCAGGGGGCUGUAGGACUGGCCGGCGUCCUGCUAGUAACGCUGUCUGUGGCUGCUGGUCUAGGCCUCUGUUCUCUCCUUGGCAUCUCCUUCAAUGCUGCAACCACACAGGUACUGCCCUUCUUGGCCUUGGGAGUUGGAGUAGACGAUGUCUUCCUCCUCGCUCAUGCCUUCAGUGAGACUGGACAAAACAAGUGGAUCCCGUUCGAGGAUCGUACAGGAGAGUGCCUGAAGAGGACCGGGGCCAGCGUGGCUCUCACCUCCAUCAGUAACGUCACAGCAUUCUUCAUGGCAGCCCUCAUCCCCAUCCCGGCGCUCAGAGCCUUUUCUCUACAGGCAGCAGUGGUGGUGGUGUUCAACUUUGCCAUGGUGCUACUCAUCUUUCCUGCCAUCCUCAGCAUGGACCUGUACCGUCGUGAAGACAGACGCUUUGACAUUUUCUGCUGCUUCUACAGCCCUUGUGCCAAUCGUGUGAUCCAGAUUGAGCCUCAGGCCUACCUGGAUGGGACAGACAGGAGCCAUUACAGCCCUCCACCAUCUUAUCGCACCCCACCUCCUUCAUAUCACACACCACCUCCAAGCUAUAGCAGCCCUCCUCCCUCCUAUAGUAGCCACGGUUUUUCCCAGCAGACUGAAAUCACCAUGCAGUCCACAGUGCAGCUCAGGACAGAGUAUGACCCCCAGACUCAGGCCUUUUACACCACAGCGGAGCCAAGGUCCCAAAUCUCUGUGGAACCAUUCAACUCAGCUCCAACCAGGAGCAACCCUAUUGACUAUUACAGUACCAAUGGUAGCAGGAACAACAGCAGCAAUUUCAGUGACAACAACAGUGUUGGCAGCAGAGGCAAUGGUGCGUUGCAGAGUUCGGCCAAUUUCCCCCAACACCAUCCCGCACCUCCUUCUGCAACUCCAACUUCAACAGUUUGCCCAGUUUCUCAGGGUGAUCCAACCUCAUCAGCAGGUCAGAAUCCUGAGAACAGCAUCUCCACAAGGAACCUUCUGUCCCAGUUUGGAGAAGCCUCCCUUGGUUUACGCUGCUUCGAGCCUCCCUGCUCUCACUGGACCCUGGCUUCCUUUGCUGAGAAACACUAUGCUCCUUUUCUCCUGCAGCCCACCACCAAGGUGGUUGUAAUUGUGUUGUUCCUCUGCCUGCUGGGAGUCAGUUUAUACGGGACCACCCAGGUAAGGGAUGGCCUGGAGCUAACAGACAUCGUGCCGAGAGAGACCAGCGAGUACGACUUCAUCGGUGCCCAGUUCAAGUUCUUCUCCUUCUACAACAUGUAUGUGGUAACACAGCGGGCAGAUUACGCCCAGAACCAGCUACUGCUGCACCAGCUUCACCAGCGGUUCCACACCGUCCACUACAUGCUGAAGGAGGAAAACGGGCAGCUUCCCCGCAUGUGGCUGCACUACUUGAGGGACUGGCUGCUAGGUCUCCAGCAGGCAUUUGACAAAGACUGGGAGGCUGACCGCAUAACCUUGAAUAACUACAGGAAUGGCUCUAACGAUGGCAUCCUGGCAUACAAGCUGUUGGUGCAGACGGGACGCAGAGAAAAGCCCAUCAACUUUAACCAGUUAACUCGACAGAGGCUUGUAGAUGCAGAUGGAAUCAUCAACCCUGGAGCUUUCUACAUUUACCUGACAGCCUGGGUCAGCAAUGACCCUGUGGCCUACGCUGCCUCACAGGCCAACAUCCGUCCACACCCUCCAGAGUGGCUUCAUGACCGUACAGACUCUAUGCCCAAGACAUCCCUCAGCAUUCCGGCUGCCGAGCCCAUCGAGUACGCACAGUUCCCCUUCUACCUCAACGGCCUCCGCGAGACCCCACAGUUUGUGGAGGCCAUCGAAAGCGUGCGGGCGAUUUGCAUCAACUACAGCCUUCAAGGCCUGCCCUCCUACCCUAACGGCUACCCGUUCCAGUUCUGGGAACAGUACGUCAGUUUGCGCCAUUGGCUCCUGCUCUCCAUCAGUGUGGUGCUCGCCUGUACUUUUCUGGUGUGUGCCCUCUUCUUGCUUAACCCCUGGACGGCUGGCAUCAUAGUGUUGGUGCUGUCUCUCAUGACUGUGGAGCUGUUUGGAUUCAUGGGGCUGAUGGGAAUCAAGCUCAGUGCUGUCCCUGUGGUGAUCCUCAUCGCCUCAGUGGGCAUUGGAGUGGAGUUUACUGUCCAUGUGGCCCUGGCAUUUCUAACUGCCAUAGGGGAUCGUCAUAAGCGGGCAGUGUUGGCACUAGAGCACAUGUUUGCACCAGUGCUGGAUGGAGCCUUCUCUACCUUAUUAGGAGUGUUGAUGCUGGCUGGGUCUGAGUUUGACUUUAUCGUCAGGUAUUUCUUUGCUGUGUUGGCCAUCCUCACAGUUCUAGGAGCACUGAAUGGCUUAGUCCUUCUCCCAGUAUUGUUAUCAUGCUUUGGGCCUUACCCAGAGGUUCUACCAUUGGAUGGUCAUAGCCGGUUGCCAACACCAUCUCCAGAGUCCCCUUCGCACGUGGUCCACUUUUCUGUCCGUCCUCAUCACACCACCACCACGCCCACCACCACCUCUGGUGCUGCAUCAAACUCGUCUGACUCAGAGUACAGCUUUAACACCACAGCGUCUGGUAUUAGCCAGGAGCUGCAAAACUACAACCUCUUGUCACACAGAGCAGCAGCUCGAAGGGAGGAGCUGCAGUACGACCUCCAGACCAGCAGAGGCAGAGUAUUGAGGCCCGAGGAGGACAGAACAGGCUCUGGGCACAGGUGUUCAAACCGACAACCUGAGCCUCCAGCUUACACUGUGUCUUCGAGUUGUGACUCUGGGCCUCAGGUGGGAGCUGCUCAGCACAGCAGCAGCAGGAGGAACUCUAAGAGUCAGCUGCACUGGCAGGUCUUGCCCCCAGCCUGCCCGCGCACAGACGCUUUUGAAACUUCUACUGAGGCUGGGGGCCAUUACGGCCCACAUGGCCGUAGAGAGCACUCAAAGAGCCAAAGAGCUUGCACUUCUCACAACCCACAACCCAAUCAUCACCUCCCACAUCACCACCCUAACUCCACUCCAUACUGUCAACCCAUCACCACAGCUUCAGCCUCGGUCGCUGUUGCUGUUCACCCGCCCCCCUUAUCCAACCACAACCCUCCCACCUCUUCUUACCCAGGAUACACUGCAACAGACAGUUACUGCCCUACAGGUCCUGGGGUAUCAGAAGCAGUUUUCCCCGACCCCCAUGUGCCUCAGGACACCCAGACAGGGACCAGAGAAGUCAAUGUGGAGGCCAUGGAGCUCCAAGAUUUGGUGUUGAGCUGAAAGCAGCUACAGCAGACAGGCCAGCUGAAUUGUGGGGACAGACGUACAACAGCCAAAGAUGGACUCCUCUCUGUUGACAGCUGACAGCUGACUUGGCCUGGCACAGCCCAGCUCACCUCCAGCUUUUUGUAGCGAAUCAACUUGCCAGUAUUUGCCGUCACUGUCAUGGUGCUUAUUCUUACUGUAACCCAGUGAACUAUUGUCUGAGAUGAUUCUAUAUCUAUAUUUAAAAGAUGUGAACAUGUGUAAAUAUGAACAAAAUAGAAAAAGUAGCUAUAAUUUUUACAACUCGUCAAAACAAACUGAGACUGCCAUUUCUGUAUGGUGUGUGUCUGUGCGUGUGUGUGUGUCUGUAAAUAUGUGUUUUUGAGUGAGAGAUAGUUCUUUUAUUACUGUUCAUUCAUCUGUGGAUCUGUGCCAUGAGAAAGCUUCAUCUUGACAAACUCAUCGCUCAUACAUUUUUUUUAAACUCUAUGCAAACGUCCUCUUAAACAAACACAAUUGGUCUCUGCGUGUGUGUGUGUAUUAUUGUAUAAAGGUACUCAUUUUAAACUAUUAUUGUUUAUCACAAGCCUGUGGUAGUUACAAAACAGAUACAAUUGACUUUGACACGCUAUGCAUGCUAUUUAAGAUGAGAAGAUAUGAAGAAAUUUGAAAUGUUCUGUUAGUUACGGCCUCUGCAACGGAACCUGUUUCUACUCUCAUCUUGUCAGAGUGUUAGGCUGCUCUCUGUGGUUGUUUUUGUUUUGUUUUACUUUUAUUUUACCGUAACGGGUUAAUUUUGAGUGGCGCUUUGGCCCAGAGGCAAUGUCUCUGUCAUUGGUGUGGAACCCCAGGGUUAACCUCCUGGGCAAUUUGAAUCCGGUUAGGGCGGUUGGUACCUUCCAGUGGACUCACCACCCGCAGGAAGGUUUAGGUACGGUGCAAUGUGAUUUGGGUGGCGACUGCCACCCCCGCAACCCGGUAGCGGAUAAAAAUGGAUGGAUGGAUGGAUGGAUGGGGUAAUUUUGAUUAAAUUCCAGCAGGCUCACAACAGAUUUAUUGAUAUUAGGGGUGUAAUGGUAUGCGAUAUAAUAUAAUUUCCAGUCCAACAGAAAUUUGAUCAAGAAAAUUAGAAAAUAGUAAAUUUCUAAGUUGUCAACAAAUUAGAAAAAAAAAUUAAUUGCAGCAUGGCUCCUGUAUGUCUACUCUGACACUCCUCCCUCAGCUCCACUGACUCUGUCGAUUCACAUUAAUUGAUCCAAGUCAUACUCAUAGUCAAGUGAUGCAGUUUAAAUUGAGUUAUAUUUGAUACAUUUUCAGGACUGUGAACUGUAAUUUACUAGUGCAACAGUACUGUUCCAAAACCUGAAAAAAAAUAUCUUCGUCUGUGCUAACUGAUAACUCGGGGUGUAAGAAAAUAAUCAAUAUGCUGAAAUAUCCAUUCAUCCAUUUUCAUCCGCUUAUCUGUUACCGGGUCACAGGGGCAGCAGUCGCCACCUAAAU